AUGCGCGGGGCUCCUCUUUGGAGCGCGCUGGGGUCGGUUGAGUCCGGCAUGACCCGGAGCGGUGUGGCACUACUGCUGCCUCUCAUGCUCCUGCUGCUGGCAACCCCUGCCCAGGUCUCCCCCGACUACCAAUACUUCGGCGAGCAGGGAGAAGGAGACACCUGGGAGCAGCUGCGGCUGCAGCAUCCGGAGAAAGACUUGGAAGACUCUGCCCUUGGCCCGUGGGGAAAGUGGCGCUGUUUCUGCGACCUGGGCAAGCAGGAGCGUAGCCGCGAGGCUGUGGGCACAGCGCCGGGCCCGGUGUUCAUGGACCGCGAGAAUCUGGUUCAGGUGCGGCCCUGCCGGCAACGAGAUUGUUCAUCCUGCGAGCCGAACGACUGCGACUGGAGGUCCUGAGCCCGGCCCCGGCGGGCGGAGCUCCAGUGACACCCGGGAGGAGCUUGGAAAGCGACCCCGCCCAUCCAGUUGCCCAACCGCAGAGCUCGGUGGUCAGCCUCGGAAACUACAAUUCCCAGGAAGCUGCACGGCAGCGACGUCGG